AUGAAGUUUUUCUCUACUGUCCUUGCGGCACUAUUGUGCCUUACCACAUCUGUCUCUGCUAUCAAGAACACUACCAGGCAGUUCCACCUCAGGACGAAGCUCCUUGGGCCUACCUAUGAACGAGCCAAAUUCAAUAACCUCUUUGUCUACUCCUACCACACCGGCGCUGGCCUUUCAGACGCUUGCUUCGACGUCGCCCCAAUCCCCAAUGGUAAUGGCAUAGCCUUCCUCAACAAAACCGGUAGCAACAUAAUCUUCAACCUUUCCAAGGACUUCCCAUGGGGACUGUCCCGUACCUUUGAUACGCGCUACAAUCAAUGGGAGUCUGUAACUAUUGACGCAGGGGAGGGAGAAAGUGGGUACAAGUUCAAUGGUAGUGGAUUGGUUAGACCUGGGGAUAGUUCUUUUGGGGGUUGGUUGGUAUGUGAUUGGGCUCAUGCUACGCCGCAGUUGUUUUGGAGGUAUGCGUAUUACUCGAAGAACUUGCCUAGGAGUUGUGCGAAUGUGGAAUUGCAUCCGGUGUAUCUCUGA